UAAAGACUAUAGCAAUUAGUAUAAGUAAGGAAGAUGGGAAUUACUAAGUUGAGGUUCUCACUUUGGUGCAUUGCAUUCCUUGUGCUGGUGACAUGGGUCUCUAGAGCAAGUGCUCAAGAUAGCUCUUGCAUAAACAAGCUUGCACCUUGCCUAAACUACCUAAAUGGGACCAAAGACCCACCUGAUAGCUGUUGUGAUCCACUGAAAUCUGUGAUUGAAUCAGACCAAAAAUGCUUAUGUAGCUUGGUGAGUAACAGAGGCACAAGGAAAGCUGAGCAAGCUGGAAUUAAUGUUAAUGAGGCUCAGGCAUUGCCCGGGAGAUGUGGCCAGCGUGUUAAUCCAUUGUCCUGCCUAACAAAUUCACGUGGUUCUACGAAUUCAAGUCAAAACUCAGCAACCAAGUUGAUGCAAGUUUCUUUUGGAGUCAUGAUGAUUUCAGCUGUAUUAGUUAUUGCUAUGUAACGAGCAUUCAGCAUCAAUUAUUUAGGCACAAAUGCUUAGACUUAAUAUGAUAAUUUGUUAUUGGAAAUUUCUUUG